AGUCACAUAGAAGAAACUACGGCGGAGGUACUUAACACACGUUUUCUUUUUUCCUUUUCGCUUCUGACUGAGCGGCGUGGGUUGUUGCACUCGUUUCUCUCGCGACUCGUAAAUAUCCGCUCUUCAUCAACCGCUCUGUUUUUUUUUUGGUCACAAUACGCGCUUUUCUUCUUUUUUUUUGUAUCCCGCACGCUUUGCGGUUAUUGACACUAACACCCUCGAUAAGGAAUUCCUAUCGGAGCUCACCGCUUUUCGUAGUAUAGAACUAGUCAGUGGUUUCUACAGACACAAAACAAACCACGAUGUUCACCCCACGCGGUCAAAAUCGUCUGCCUGCGACGCCGCCAGUCAAAAUACCCACCUUGAGCUCUCCAAGUGCGGGGAUGCCCGCGGGCAGUACCUACGCUCCGUCACUGAGUCUGCGGCGUCGCUUCGGGCCUGCAUCCCUACAUCCCGAAGUUCGCGAGAUCGCCACGGACACACGCCACGCCUCCAUUGCGGGGCUGCACGUUCACGAGUGCGAUGUACCGUCUGGUACGGUCGAGUCGCCACCACCGUCACUGGAGGACGUGACAGAAGUGGCGGACAGAAAAGUGGGCAACGAGCUGGACAAGGUGGAGGAUGUUACGACGCUGAGCGAAUUCUCCAGCGGUGACGCCGACGCCAUGCGUACCGCUGCGGUAGACACAAAAAACAGCAGUGACGGCGCCGCAAGAGCCGAGUUUCUUCUCCAGAAGGACGAGUUUCUUGAAGGGCUGGUGCGACAGGUGCGGGCGAGCUGUGCAGGUGUGCUGCGAGACAACAACGGAGAAGCAGAGAGCGCGAAGGCUACUCGUCGCUCACCACCGCCGCGUCGGCCCUCACCGACGUCCGCCACUUCGCCAUCGUUGCUGGCCAAGUCGAAGGACGGCGAUGACUGGGGGGAGGUGGAGGUCAUGCUGCGUGCCGCAGCGCCGUCCCGCCCGCGUUCACGCAGUCCGUCACCACUUUCUUCUCUAGCUCUCUCACAGAAGGGUUUUGUGGCGGAGCUGAAGGGGCAUGCGAACGGUGUGGUUGGAGUGCACUUAAGCCCACCGAAGAGUCCGACGGCCCUGCGAUCUGGCGCAAUAUCGCCGGAUCCGCGUGCGCCUUCCACGGACUUCUUCGCGGCGGGUGGCGUACUGCGUAGCAGUCUGCAGUACAGCCGAUGUUCCGGCGUGUCACGUGGGCGCCGUUCCCGCAGCGCUGAGCGACCGGAGCCGGUGGACGCGGCGGAGACGAAGGAAGAAGAAGAUGCGUUUUGGCUUCGCGCAGGUGCGACUGCGGGACAGCGCGCUAGCAGCCUCAGCAGUGAGCGGGUGAGCGUGGGCGCGCCUCACCCCCAGUGGGUGCCACGACCCGUCCCACAAGCUCGUCCGGCGUGGAAUCAGCGGCAGCCGCCGAAGAAGCAGCGACCCGUCGUGAGCGCACCCGGCUCGAACCCGCCGCCUUCGUCCCGACGGAGCACUUCACGCAGUCCGGAGCACACACACGCACCGUCGACGCAGUUUGCGUCCACACGAGGAACACUUACGUCUGCUCAGGGCUCGGCGCACAGCGUUGAACGCGCCUUCCGGCGCAGUGCUUCCCUUCCGGGUGUUCAGUCGCCGCAACGGGUGCAGCCGCAAGUGCGCUUCGGUGCCACCGUCCCGCGAUCCGCUGCAGUCGCUGCGUCUGCGUCGGCUCACCAAUCGUCUUUCGAAGUCGCGCAGUUCGCGACGGUGCAGUCCCCGAUUGAUGGUGCGGAUGCCACGACGUCCCCUCCGUCUCCGCCGUCUGCCCGCGCGCUUUUCCAGAGCAUCGACGUGGAAAGCGCCACACGGGCAACCCCGCGCUCGGUGACGUCUGCUUCCGCAACACAGCCAAAAAGAACGACCAGCACGGGUCGCGACUCCCUAUCGACAGCGCAGACGUUGCAGCAGACGUGCGACGCUGCGAUGGAGAGGGCGACACGGGCGGAGCAGCAGUGCAACGUGUUGACGCUUGCCUUGGAGCAGCUUCUCGUGGAGCACGUUGCGGAGAAGGCGGAGUGGCGGGCGCGCUAUGCAGCACUGGAGCAGCAUCUGAGCAAAGUCACUCAGUGGAUCCGCAGCAUCGAUGCCGAGGCGAAUCUGCCUACCCCGGAGACACUGACGUCUGGUUCUGCAACACUGCACACUGACAAUGCAACGGAGAAGAGUCCUAUGCAUGAGCCAAGUAACGUUGAGUCAGCGAGGCUUCCGUCGCCUAUUCGCGUGAUGACACACAAAACUGCCGCGUGGGAGGAGGGGGAGGAGGGGAUCAACCUGCACCAUGGCGGCAGCAGCAUCAGCAGCGCGGGGGGUAGCGCGGAUAUCAGCCCGCUACCGGGUGCCCCAGGAGCGACGCCGACACCGGCACGCCGCAACAGCGCAGGUGCAGAGAGCUGCGGAACGUCUGCUUGUGUGGCGCGUCUGCCACCGUCGCCGCCGAUGAUACUACACCUGCAUGCGCCGCAGUAG